AUGUCUACCGAAGAAGACGAUUUGACCUCUCCGGUUGAACUGAAUAACGAAGCGUUGCCUGAGGAGGAACCAAUGGCUAACGGUACCUCAGGUCCCAAAGACGAGCCAAAAGAGGAACCAAAAGAGAAACCAAAAGAGGAAGUCAACAAAGAUGAAGCACUGAAACAUAACGGAAACACUGACAAUGGCAAGUCUUCAAUCGAUGUGCCCCCUGACUUACCAUCUACUCCUGUUGUUGAAAUCGAUCACAUACCUCCAGUAUCUACCAACGGCACCCUGACACCAGACAGACGUCGUGAUUCAAUGUUUUUGGCAACAGCAGCCAAUGCCACAGUAGACAACACUCAUAUCUUUAAGAAAACUUUUGAAGGUAUUUUAGAGUCAAAGGGCACCAAGAAAAAUGACCAACUUAAAUUGUCAAUUGAACAAGCUCUUGCUUCGUUACAAGAUGAAACUUCCAAUGGAGAUCCUCAUGUUAUAUUCAAUGCCUUGAAGGUGAUUUGUGAACAAACCAAAGGUGAAUCUCAAGCCAAAGCCAUUGACCUUUUCGCUAAAUUAUUUGACUAUGCCAAAUUUGAUGAUCCGAAACAGAAGGUUAACAUGACAGAAAUGGCAAUUGAUGUCAUUGCCAAAUGCUUUGAGUUCCAAGCCACAGAACCGGAAAUUGAAUUGCAAAUCGUUAGAGCUUUGAUGCACAGUAUUCUUCUUAUGCCCUGUCAUGGGGAGAAGUUGUUGCAAGCCAUUAGAAUCAUCUAUAAUGUGUUUAUCUUUUCAUUAUCACCACGAAACCAAGCGUUGGCUCAAGGUACCUUGACCCAGGUUGUGGAUGCCAUAUACUUGCGGGUUCAUGAUAAGGUCCUCAAAAAUAGAAAACUUCGAUCCGGCAGUUAUAUCUUUACCAAAACAGGAACAAACAAUAGCACUUCUGAAGUUAAUAAUAAUCUUAAUAACGAUGAUUUGGAAACAAGCAGUGUUGCAGAACAACAAAUAACUAUCAGCAAAUUGGAACAGUUUAAUGAUGCAGACGAUGCUAAUAGUCCUGAUGUUAAUCCAGAAAAUGCUUCUGAAGAAGAAUUACUUAUUCAAGAUGCAUUUUUGGUGUUUAGAUCAAUGUGUAAGCUAUCUUCCAAGGUAUUGGAAACAGAAACACUAGAUAUGAGAUCUCAUUCAGUUAGAUCCAAGUUAUUAUCAUUGCAUUUUAUGCAUACCAUCUUAAAGAAUCACAUUGAAAUAUUCAUAAGUCAUGAUGUGACUCUUAAAACAGCUUCUGGAGCUGGUUCAACAAGAUUGAUUGAUUCGGUCAAGCCUUAUCUUUUAUCAUCAUUAAUCAAGAAUGCUGCUUCGCCGUUGGCCCCAGUGUUUGAAUCUUCAUUGGAAAUCUUUUGGUUGAUUAUUUCCAAUUUAAGACCUGAUUUUAAGAGAGAAAUUCCUGUCUUCUGGGAUGAAAUCUAUUUCCCAGUGGCUGAAAUGAAAACCUCAACUCCUCAUCAAAAAAGAUAUCUUUUAUCAAUUAUUGAGAGGCUUUGUAACGAUUCCAGAUGCAUUAUUGAGUUUUAUUUGAAUUAUGAUUGUAAUGCCGGGAUGUCAAAUAUCUGUGAACAAAUCUUGGAUUAUUUGACCAGACUUUCCUUAACAAGAGUUGAGGUGACUCCACUUCAAAAGGCCAACUUUAGAGAAAAUAGAAGGAAGGGAAUAUCGGUUUAUGAUAUUAGCAAGAGUUCCAAUUUGGUAAGCUCUACCAUGUCAUCCAAACCACCAGAACCAGAAAUUUACCAUUUAUUUCCCUUAGAAUAUGCCAUGAAAAUGACCUCCAUUAGUUGUAUUGUUGGGUUUUUAAGAUCAAUUCAUUCAUGGGCUCAAAAGGGAGUUAGAACUUCUUCUUCCACUCCAUUGGCUAGAAAUUCUUCUCAUAAUUCCUUAAACAGAUCCAGAUCGGCCCAGUUUGAUUCAAGCACUUCAAUACUGGAAGCAAGAAACUCGAUUAGUGAAUCAACUACUGAAAUUGAUAACCCAGAACAAUUUGAAAGUUUGAAACAAAGGAAGAAGGCAUUACUUGAUGGUAUUAAAAGAUUCAACCAGAAACCUAAGAAGGGAGUUCCCUUUUUAAUUGAAAAUGGAUUCAUUAAAUCGGACGCUCCAAUUGAUAUUGCCAAAUUCUUAUUGGAAACAGAUGGUUUAGAUAAGGCCACCAUUGGAGAUUACUUAGGUGAAGGAGAUGCUGCUAAUAUUGCAAUUAUGCAUGCAUUUGUGGAUGAAAUGGAUUUCAAUAAUACUGCAUUUGUUGAUGCCUUGAGAAUGUUCUUGCAAUCAUUUAGAUUACCAGGAGAAGCACAAAAAAUUGAUAGAUUUAUGAUGAAAUUUGCUGAAAGAUAUGUUUCCGGUAACCCCAAUGUCUUUGCAAAUGCAGAUGCUGGUUAUGUUUUGGCAUAUUCAGUUGUGAUGUUGAACACUGACUUGCACUCCCCUCAAAUUAAGAAUAGAAUGACAUUUGACAGUUUUGUCAGAAACAACAGCAAAAUUAAUGAUGGAGAAGACUUGGAUUUAGACUUUUUAAGAGGAAUUUAUGAUGAGAUUGGAUCGAAUGAAAUCAAACUUCAAUCAGAACAACAUGCAGCUCUUAUUUCUGGUGAUUUGAAUAUGAAUAAUAAUGGAUCUUUAAGUUUCUUUGGUGGUAGGGAUGUUAAUUUGGAAGCUUAUUUACAUGCCUCGAAGGAAAUGUCUUCCAAGACUGAAAAAUUGUUGAACUUGGGUAAAAAGGGAAGAAUACAAUCCACUCUUGACACUACGUAUUAUGUUGCAUCAAAUAUUCUUCAUGUUAAAUCCAUUUUUGAUACCAUGUGGAUGUCCGUUUUGGCUGGGUUGACCCCACCUUUUAAGGAGUAUGAUGAGGAAGAUGUAACUAAAUUGUGUUUGGAAGGUAUCAAAUUAUCAAUUAGGAUUUCCUGUAUGUUUGACAUUGAUGAUGCUAGAGUAGCAUUUAUUGGAGCACUUGUUCAAUUUCAAAACUUGAACAAUUAUGCUGAAAUGAAGCCUAAGAAUGUGGAAGCCAUUUAUAUAAUGCUUGAGAUUGCAAUUGCAGAUGGUAACUAUUUGAACAGUGAAACAUGGGCACAAAUCUUGAUUUCUAUCUCUCAACUUUCACGGUUACAAUUGAUAGCCCAAGGUAUUGAUCAAGGGCAAAUCCCUGAUGUUAAUACUGCUAGAUUGGUUAAUAGGGAUUCAUUGGAAUCAACAACCACCUCCACUACAACUACUUCCUCCUACUUUUUGUUUUCACCAGGGACUCCAAGUCAAUCUCAAGUUGCUUCUAAUAAAUUUCAUAAUCAACAUUUGUCACCCGAGGUUGCAGAUUUGAUUACCAAGACUGAAUUUGAAGUGGCAAUUGAUCGAAUUUAUUCCAAUAGUGCCAAUUUAAGUGGUGAUAGUAUUCUUGAAUUUGUCACUGCAUUAUCUAAAGUGGCAGCUGAUGAAAUUGAAUCUUCUGGUCAAAGCAAGAAUCCACGAAUGUUCUCGUUACAGAAGACGGUUGAUGUUUGCUAUUAUAACAUGACUCGGGUUCGUUUCGAAUGGGCCCAUUUAUGGAGUAUUCUCGGGACUUCAUUCACAAAUGCUGGAUGCCAUCUGAAUGAAGCUAUAGCAAUCUUUGCGUUAGAUUCUUUGAAACAAAUGUCUGAUAGAUUUUUGGAAAUUGAUGAAUUGGCACAUUUCAAGUUUCAAAGGGAAUUCUUGAAACCAUUUGGGUAUGUCAUGGGACACAGUGCAUCUUUAGAUGUUAAAGAUUGGGUUUUAGAAUGUAUUAAUGUCACAAUACUUUCUAAAGCUAAACUAAUCAAAUCUGGUUGGAAAACAAUCUUUGAAGUUUUAUCAACAGCAGCCAAUGAAAAUAAAGAGUCAUUAGUUAAAAAGAGUUUCAAAGUUGCAGAGGAAAUCAACAAAAAUUAUAUUGACAUUGUCAGAAGCCAAGAUUCCUUUGCCGAGCUUGUCACCUGUUUCACGUCAUUAGCGAAGAAUGAAAGAUUCCAAAAGAUAAGUUUAUCUUCAUUGGAAGUAUUGGGGAGAUUAAUUAAGCAAAUUGCCAUAAUUCAUUUUGGUGAACAUGACUUCAAUAAAGGACCACUUAAGUUAAGUCUGGAAGAAAAUAACGCAGAGAAUUUUAAGAACUUAUGGUUCCCACUUUUAUUAGGAUUCCACGAUAUUAUUAUGACUGGACAAGAGUUAGAAGUAAGAUCUCGUGCUUUAAACUUUUUGUUUAAUAUUCUUACCACCUAUGGGGAAUACUUUGAUCUUGAAUUUUGGGAACAAAUCAAUAAAGAGAUCUUAUUCCCAACGUUUGUAAUAUUGAACGAAUAUUGGGAAGUUAGUGUUGACACCACUAAUGAUAACUUGAGUGUCUGGCUUUCAACAACGUUGAUCCAAGCAUUAAAGGGAGUGGUUGAUUUAUUCACUCAUUAUUUUUCCAAAUUGAAUGGUAUGUUGGAAGGAUAUUUGGAUUUAAUCAUCAGAUGUAUUUGUCAAGAGAAUGACACCAUUGCCAAAAUUGGAAGAGAGUGCUUAUGCACUUUAUUGAUUGAUAAUGCUGAAAAAUUUACUGACGAUCAUUGGGUCAUUAUUUACGAUGCCUUCUCCACUUUAUUUGAAUUAACAACCGCAAAGGAAUUGUUCAUGUCUGUUGAUCAUGAUGAACAAGCUUCAAUUUCGACAGAUUCCGAAAAGGGGGACGUUGGUAAUAACAUGGAACCAAACCCAUCUCAAUUAAGUAUCAAUACGUAUGAAAAUGCUGAAAGUCGUAUUCAAAAAUCAAGAGAGAAACUGUCAAUUGUUGUUAAGAGUGUAUUGCAAUUGCUUUUGAUUCAAGCACUCUCUGAAUUGUUUCAAAACGAUAGCUUUUAUGAGUCUGUUCCUUAUGAUACCCUUAUCAAAGUUUCGGAUCUUUUGCAUAGAAGUUAUGAUUUUGCUAAUAAAUUCAAUGAUAAUUACGAUCUUCGGUAUAAGUUAUGGAAUGAAGGCGUUAUAGAAAGGUUGCCCAAUCUUUUGAAACAAGAAUCCUCAGCAUCUGCGGUUUACAUUAACAUUAUGUUUCGUGCCUAUUGUGAUGACGAUAAGGCUGAUGAAGCAGGGAAAACAACAAUACUUGACAAAACCUUACCUAUUUGUUUGAAUAUUGUUGAAAGAUAUGUUAAUUUUGAUGAAGGAAGUCACCAAAGAAACAUUUCAACUUGGAAGCCUGUUGUAAUAGAAAUAUUACAAGGUUAUGUUGAACUUGAUGAAGGCCACUUUAAGACUUAUGCUAAAAGCGUAUACAUUUUAGCAGUUCAAUUAUUAGGUCGUACGUUAUCACCUGAUUUACGGAAUGCAGUGAAGAACUUUUUUGCCAGGGUUGGUGAAGAGUUCUUGGGGUUGGAGAUCAACUCAUCUCUGCUCUAA